GCACGUCUCAUUUAUUCUAUCAAGGUUUUCAUCCGAGAAAGCUAGUGUGUUGCAACAACUACAAUCUUGUCUUCAGCCUGCUAUUAAUGCCUUAAUGUCUGACCAAGUUCUUGGUGAAGAAGCUGUGGCAGAUGUUAUUACCAUCUUAGAACAACUGGAUGCUCCUGACACAGCAUCAGAAGCUCUUUACGACAUUGUCAUGGAGAAGUCCGACAGCGACCCUAACAUCGUAGUGAGAUUUUUAGAGUCUGUUGGCAAAGUAAACUUGACUAUUUGCAAUCUUGUUCGUUCGUCUGCACGUUUAACUUGGCAACAACUGAGACAAAAACGAGAGGAAGUGGUCCAAACGUUAGACACGAGUGCUGUUCUUGCUGCAUGUGCUGAAAAGGGUAUCAUCACACAACAGCAGCACCAGGGUUUACUAAGGAUCAAGAAGAUGGGAAAGCCUUCUGAUUUUAUCAAUGACAGAUUUCUGCAUGUAUUGGAAAAGUUGUCUAACGAUGAACAACAAGCGUCACAGUUAGAAGAAUUUGAGAAGAUUCUUAUGGACAAGCAGCCAAACGUCCUGAAGACAUUGCUAGAAGCAGAUCAAGAUCUUAGCACGAAUGAUAGUAGCAGUGAGCCGAUUGGCUCUGGUAGCGACUUGGCGUCUCAAACAACAGCAAGUUGCGUUAUAGAGGAAUCUGCUGCAAUUUCAACUGCAAACAGUACAAAAGAAGCGUCGUCUUCAGUUUGCAAUGAUGAGACGAUACCCUCAGAACGUAGUGUGCAGCUUCAGCUUAGCAAUGUAGUCGAAAAUGAGAAAUAUUCUGAAAGACGUUUUACGUUUGAAGGUGGGCGCCAGCACUUUCUGCCACUAGACCAACUAGGACGACCGCGAGCUCCACCAGCUACAGCGCCGUGGCUAUGGAAUUCACAGCAACUCUUAGGCUUUGAAGCAGGUCACACUCACUCGGUCCAUAGUCCGUUACCUGCUGUUUCCGUUUGCUCACAUCCGGGUAACAAUUGGCAUAAUAAUUUUUAUCGGCCGAUUCUUCCUGUGUCGGCUGCGAGUACGACGUUCAGUUCGCCGCCAGACUCUUGUGCAGUUGCUAUGACUUCGUCGAGAAAACGACCUAGAACUUCAGAAUCAAUGGCACUUGCUUUGUCUUCUGCAAGUUCUCUUGUUCAAUCCUUUUCAGGUUACGAUUCCUAUACUACGGAAACUUGUCAGGCACUUGGUCAGUUUGAUAAUACUGACAAUUCCUCUUUGGUAAAUGUGAAGCGACAAUUUUACAAAAUGUUGAUUGGCAACGGUCGUCCCGAUUGUGAUAAAGACGACAGCUUUUUCACAGUUGAGCUAGAAGAGCUCACUCCAGACAAGGUAAUAGGUCUAUACCGCAGAUGUGGCGGUAAGGGUUUUGCUGCCCAUCUCAAGCCAUAUUUAGUGGACUUGCUGAAGCGACGAGAAAACUUUCAAUCAAUUGUGGAUACGUUUAUUUCCUCGAUAAACUAUGAAGCAAGGGAAACGAAAGCAGGGGAAACUGCCGUGCUGUCUCCUCUACUCUUGGAGCUAACACCUAAAGAUGUUUUUGUUGCUUUGUUAGAGGUAAUGCCCGAAGCAGCUCACAGUCGCCUCGUGUCUCUCUAUUCAAGUUUAUACUGUGCUCUUCCGGUCGCUUACGUUCUUCAACUUCCGAGAGGCGACGUCCGACCAGUCACAAACUUUCAAUCUCUUCAAGAUGUUCUCGCAGUCCCAAGUUAUCCACUCGUCGUAUCAUGUGGUACAGCAAGCGCAGUACGUAAAGGAAAAUCGACAUUGACGGGGAAGUUGGUAGGACAACUAGAGACUACGUCGUUGAGCUUUGAUUCUUUCGAUGUGUGUCCUGCCAAAGCUGAUGUCGGCUUAUCUCAUUCCCCUUCUAUUGAUCUUGUACUUGAGGUCAAAUCUAACGUUCCUUGCGGUCUCAAUUUUGCCGAUGUUCACGGGUUUACGAAGGAGGAAACGUUUCGAUAUGCUUUGUCCACUCUUUGCUCGGUCGCAGCACUAGUACUUGUUCACGUGACUGCUAAUGAUUUUGGUCCUGGCGGUUCUCUUGGUGACAGCUUACGAUCGUUCUUACUAAACAGUUGUAAUCUUCAUUCCACAAACGCAGAGAUUGUCGUUUUUGUUCGUGAUGUCUCUCUCAGUUCUGAAAUGUCCGAUACUCUUCCACCAUUGUCAUCAAUUAGUCAAUCGUUAAGAGAGAUCCUUCCCAAUAGAGUAGCAAAAGUUAUGCUCGUCGAAGACCUUGCCAAAUGUCGUACAGAAGGGCAGCGGCAAAUUACUGUCGUACGUAUUAGAGAUCAAAUAGCACCAAUAUUUCGCAAACUCAAACAACUAUUGCCAUGCUCGCAAGUUAUUCAAAGGCGUUUUGUGUCCUGUUACACAGGACAAGGUGUGGCCUUAGUUCCUUACGCAAGGGAAUUUAGUAGGCAAUUCGACGGAUUUUCUUCCUUAGGAAGAGAAACGUUUGUAGCUCUUGAAGCAAGUAAUCCGGAGAAAGGCAAGCUUGCUAACCGUCUCUUUCCUCUAACAGCAAUUUACGCAGCUAUGGCUAAAAAUCGUCACCAGGAGAAAGAACUUCAGGAAAUCGGACAUAAAGGGAAUAGAGGUGAGCUUCACGUAGAAUUAGCAAAUUUAGGACAAGAGAUGAGAGAGUUGGAGACUCGACGGCAAACGAUUUCCGAGAUUUCUUAUCCAGUCAAACUAUUCAUUAGUCUUGUGUCAGAGGAAAAGCACCAUCAGUUGGCUGAAUUCCAACAUUACUUGGAGUUGUGGAAAGCGGAAUAUUUCAAUCCUCAUUUUAGAGAGAGACGGAAUCUAAUGGAACAGCUAGAAUCAAGUAGAAACGCAGAUCAAACGGAAAGUGAACAGCAGAGUCAACACAGAAUAGAUGAUAUCAAACGUCAGCUGGAGGAAGUUUCAUUUUGCAUAGAUCAGUUAGAUAUAUCGAUAGACUCCUUUUGGAGUGAGUUGAUGGAACUUUGUGCUUUGUUAGAAGAUGAUGCAAUAGUGAAUGAUCAUUUGAGCAAACUUUGUCUAGAUCCCCGGGUAAUUAAUUAA